AUGGAGGAUGAAUCUCACCAUGAUUUCGGAGGAUCCGGAUCUGGUGCUUCUGCCACUUACCCGAUUCAAUGUUCUGCCCUUAGAAAGAAUGGAUAUGUUCUUCUUAAAGGUAGACCAUGUAAGAUCGUUGAAAUGACGACUAGUAAAACUGGAAAACAUGGGCAUGCUGUAUAUCUUUCUCCUUCUACUCAUAACAUGGACGUUCCAAAUGUUACUCGUGUUGAAUAUCAACUCUUAAAUAUUGAUGAUGGCUUCUUGAGUUUGAUGACAAGUGAUGGUUCCACUAAAGAUGACGUUCGCAAGGAACUUUUAAUUACUAUCAUUAGUGCUAUGGGAGAAGAAGCUGCUAUCUCUUAUAAGGAAGCUCCUAGAUCCUAA